UCUAAAGAAAGUUAGAAAACUGAUUCUAGCUGAUGGGGAAAACAGAAAACUAAAGACGUUAAUCGGCGGUGGGAUCUCCGACGACGAUCACAUGGCUUCGGGUCAAGAAAUUGAUGACUCUUCCAAUAACGACACCUCACCCAAAAAGGUAUACAAGGAUCCAGAUGAUGGACAGCAAAGAUUUUUGCUUGAACUUGAAUUUGUGCAAUGUCUUGCCAAUCCAACUUACAUUCACUAUUUAGCUCAGAAUCGUUAUUUUGAAGAUGAAGCAUUCAUUGGGUACUUGAAGUACCUUCAAUACUGGCAACGACCAGAAUACAUAAAAUACAUUAUGUAUCCACAUUGUCUUUACUUUCUGGAACUUCUCCAAAAUGCAAGUUUCCGCAAUGCGAUGGCACAUCCAGCAAAUAAGGAGUUGGCACACAGACAGCAGUUCUAUUUUUGGAAGAACUACAGAAAUAAUCGGCUGAAGCAUAUAUUACCAAGGCCGCUUCCUGAGCCUACAGCUGCACCGCCAUCUAAUGCACUUCCACCGCCUAUACCACCUACAGCCACUACAACGUCUGCUUCUUCUGUUCCCGUAUCUGCACCUCCAGUACACUCACCGAUGCAAUACGGGGUACCUCCUGGUCCGCCUCUAACAAAAACUGACCCAAGGAGUGGGCUCGAUAGAAGAAAGAGAAAGAAAGACGGAUAAUUUGACAAAUGACAAGUUAUGUGGAAUACUUCUUGGUUGAGGAAAAAACGUAUAAGCGUGUGGCUUCUCAACCUUGCUCAUGAGUCUACCUAGCAAUAUAUGCUACUAUCUUUUAUAUUUAAGCUCAUGAAAUGUCUAGUAUCCAGUAACUUGAGAAGAAAAGAACAUACUAGUGUCUCUUCAAGAAUAGUUCUAGGUAUUAUCUUUGUGUAAUAGACCGAGUAUGUAGCUUGAAUUUUGUAAGUUAUGGCUUCUUGAUUUGGAGGGGGUGUAUUUUCUUAGAUCCUUAUGCCAACUUAUUUAAGCCGGUUUGGAGUUUUUGGUCA